AUGCAGCAGUACGGUUUCCCUGUUGAGGGCCACGAUGGAUGGGGUGCUGUGCAAGUGAAACCAAUCAACAACCACACAAUCAAUGCACAGCCGAAUAAAGCUUUCUAUUCCGGCAGCGUGUCAGCAACUAUGGGACACACGACAGUUACACCUAGCGCGCCGACGACAACCAUCCAGUCGUCAGUUUCAUCCACACCAAAUCUGGUUGCUUCAACGGGUUUAGUCAAAGAUUGUGCCGGAUGUGGGAAGCGCAUAACCGAGCGCUUCCUAUUGAAAGCAUUAGAUAUUUUUUGGCACGAAGAUUGUCUCAAGUGCGGUUGCUGUGAUUGCCGCCUUGGCGAGGUAGGCUCAACAUUGUAUACUAAAGCGAACCUAAUCCUAUGUAAGCGAGACUAUCUUAGACUAUUCGGUACGACUGGAUACUGUGCGGCUUGCAAUAAGGUGAUACCAGCCUUCGAGAUGGUCAUGCGUGCCAAAAACAAUGUAUACCAUCUAGAAUGCUUCGCUUGCCAACAGUGUAAUCAUAGGUUUUGUGUUGGAGAUCGUUUCUAUUUAUGCGAUAACAAAAUUCUGUGCGAAUACGACUACGAGGAGCGAUUAGUAUUUGCGAGUAUGGCCUGCAACCCAUCUAGCUUAGCGCACAUUCGGAGGCAAGUUAGUAAUUUACAGCCCACUGGAGAAAAUAACCUCUCGAGUGGCGGACGAUUGCCAUCAACCAGCUCUAAUCGAUCUUCAUACGUAACAGAAAAACUCGGCUUGACAACACAAAUCCAAGAACCGCUGCUGCAGAUUCAACAACAGCCAUCAACACCAGCUCCGGCAACAACAUCGUCGCCAGCCACGAUAUCUUCGACGUCGUGUGAAACUCAGCCGUCAGGUUCACUCGUUAUGUCGACAACCUUAUUGCAACAUCAAUCUGGAAGUAGUAAUUUUCAUAUGCAACAUAUUCCGCAACAACAACAGCAACAUGCAACAAUUCCAGGAACGCAUAGGGAUGAUGGGUCAAGUGGAUACGGCAGUCCUGACUCGGAAAUCUUUGAAAUGUCCAAUAACCAAUGA